AUGCAGCCUGGUCAGGCGGUAGCAGGUUUUGCGGCUCAGAUCAACCUUGCCGGAGAAGGUAGCGCCUCCACACGGUUGGCGUGUAACAAUGCGGCCUCGGAUGUUGUCACUCUCCCGGCAUCUGUUCAAUCAUCGCAGUAUCCUUUUUCGAAAGACGGGGAGCCCAUGAGGACCCCUUUCUCAUAUCUCCAGUAUGACGUUGAGGAUAUCGCCGAGCAUCAGUACGUUGCUGUCAUCGAGAAGGCCAACACUCCGACCCCGGGUUUUGUGAUUGCCGAGUUUAGCGAUGUUUCUCAGUCACACCGAACAAGACACAUCAGCCUUCGUCGGCUCCUCGCUUUCGGCAUGAAAAUCCGCCUCCCCUCCUCACGGCCCAUGGUCUCCGAGCUCAAGGUUCCCACUAUGCAAUCAAGUCUGUUGGCGUACAACCUGGAAAUUAGCGAGCAAAACUGUGGUGAACAACAGGAGCUCUUCGCCCCGUUGGUUCGACAGUACCUGACGGAGCCGUACGAGUCCAAGUUCUUUGUCAACGCAAGGGAAGCUGCCGUGAGCAUUCAUGGUGUUGCGCCGUACGUGCCUCCGCCAUUGAAAAGCAGAUCGACAGAGGAUGGUCUCAGUUUCCAGUUUUGGACUGAUCCGACCUGCGCCUCCAACAUCAAUAUCAAGAUGAGUAUUGAUGUCAGGGGCAGUCUGGGCAAACUGUACAUGCGAUACCGGACUGUAUUUGCCGCGUUCCCCUUGCUGGUGGUUACGCUUGUCCUGCGCAAGCAGUUCCGCAUCUAUGACACUACUGGUGUAUUUGUCUCUUUCUCUGAAAGCUUGGAUCUGUGCUUGAGACAGUCGAUUCCCUUGGUUAUUGCCUUCCUCACAUUUCUGUCACUGUUUAUCUGGAACUCGUCAUCAUCGACAACUGCAAACCUUUGGAACUGGGCCAAUGUCACAUCUGGCGCGAUUGAUUUCCAUCAGAAUGAUUUGCUCAUCGGAACACAAGAUCCUUUCUUUUGGUUCUUGAUACCGGUGAUUGCGCUCAUCUGUGUUGGAAUCUGCACCGUGUUCAACUAUAUGACUCUCACCCUUGUACACGUCUUGAGCACAGCUGUUAGUCUCCUGAGCUUCCGGCCGGGAUGGAUUCGUAACGAGGAAAGACGCAAAGCCUUGCCGCUCCCUGCGUUCUAUCCUACUUCACCAAGGCGGCGAAUGGUCACCACCGCCAUCUUGUUGGUCCUCGUUUCGACUCUGAUCCCUUAUCAGUUUGCGUACUUGGUGUGUUGUCUGGUACAGCUGACCACCACGGUUCGGGCACAGAGAAUCGCCUCGGACCUGAAAUCAGCCGCCAACUCCAACUUUUACAACUACGCCCACUCCCUUCUCCUGCUUAUGCUCUGGAUCCUUCCCAUCAACCUCCCCAUCUUGGCGGUCUGGAUUCGUAACUUGGCGGUCCACUGGCUCACCCCCUUCUCAUCCCACCAUAAUGUUCUUUCCAUCAUGCCCUUCAUCAUUCUCGUGGAGACAUUGACCACGGGCAAAAUGGUACCCAGGGUUAAUAGCCGGUUCAAACACUUCACCAGUGUCCUUCUGUUCGGCAUUGCCCUCUAUGCCGCUAUCUACGGCGUCUCUUACGCAUACAUGCUGCACUACCUGGUCAACCUGGUAGCCGCCUGGUUGGCCAUCGUUCACUCGACAUCGGACCCUUGGUCGGUUCUUUCUGGCAUAAAACACAUCAGCUGUACCCUGUUCGAUGCGGGAAACACCAGCAAUGUCGGCGGAGUUAACGGAACGACCAACCCAGUGCUGGCCGAGGAGCGUAAAAUGAGGAAGGACCCAUGA